AUGCCUGCCUUACGACCACAACUUCAUCAGUCUGCACACCUGCAGACACUCUGUCAAAAUAUCAUUGUACUACCUCACAAGGACAGCAAGAAACGGAUGGAACCACCACCUGCUGCCACUCAUGGAAAGGGGAGAUGGGGAAGGGGAGGAUCAGCCAGUAUUCAUGAUUUGUCCCCAGCCAGCAUAUCCUGGCAGAAUGUCCCCCAGUGGACUAUCAGACUUGUGGACUUCCUCAUUGAGCAUUCAGCAGAUUGCACCAUCCUAUUUGCAAUGGAGGGCAAGAAAUCUGCUAACUACCAUGGUGCUAACUUGAGUUGCCCAUUAGGCAAGGACAAGGGGGAGAUACACAGUAUCAUUGUGAGGGUAGUCUUUCAAGAUGACCCUGUGUAUGCAAACUGGUAUGCCACCAACCCUGUUGAGUUCCAUGACUCUGUGGCCAAUCAGAUUGGAUUUCUGCAGAGUAAAUUCCGCGAUAUUUGUAGUGAGUUUGAGUCUAUGGGUGUGGGCAUUGUGCCCAUUGAUUCAGAGAUGUCUGAAAACUUACAUUGUAAAAUUCAAAAAGAUUUUCCCUGGUACAACGACCUCUAUGGCAUAUGGGGCUCUAACCCCUCAUUUUCUGCCAAGACAAGUUCAUCAAAACCAGGCGCUGACCAUGCGGGUGAUUUAUUUAUGCCAACUCAUCCUGCUAGAAGCUCUCAACCAGCCAGCUCACAUACCCAUCCACAACCUCCCAUGUCUUCCCUUAACCCUGCCUCAGGCAGUGGUAGCUCACCACAAUUUGGCUCCAUGGCUCUUCCCCUGGGUGCUCAUACCCCACAAUUUGGGAACAUGGGCAACAACACCAGCCUCAAAAGAGACUACACUGGCAACUCUUCCAUGCAAGCAGCUCAUACAGCUCUUCUCCCAAUUUCAGCUGGUGGUGCCACUGGCCCCCCCCAAUUCAAUCAUGCUCACAACACUCAGGGAGCCAGCAGUGCUGGCUCCUCCCCUCUUUGGAAUUUUCCUCAAGCUCCUUCAAGUAGUCAUCCAGACAGCACUGCCAAUUCCCCCCUCCAACUUAACUAUAGCCACCUUCCCCCUGGCAGUCAGUCCUUCAGCUGCAAUAAUUAUUCACUGGCCCCUCCAGACCUUACAAAUUACCAUGAUGACCCAUGUUUUGAUGAUGGUCCCCUUGCUGAUGACAUGAAAGACCUCCACAUGGAUGAUGCAGAUGAAAUCCCUCAUGACAAGGAGAAUCUACCUUCAUCUCCAAGUCCAUCACCUCCCCCCUCAUUUCUAUCUCCUUCCUGUACAUCCAUCCAUGAUGGCCGUAGCUCAUCUAAGUCACAUGCCAACCAACUCAUCAUGCAUGAGAAUAGCCAAGCUUCUUCUACCACCUCAUCAUCGAGGGCACCAUUGGCAUGUGGAUGGUCCUCUUCUCAUCAAGGCUCUCCUACUUCACAGACCUCAUUCUCAGAGAAACUGAGUGGUAGGGAUUCAGUGAUGAAGUGCCUCCAAACAGAGGUUCAAGAGCAGGUUGACAUGUUGAAUGAUGACUUAGAUAGCAUGCAUUCUGAGAAGCUCACAUUGUACCAGCUCAAAAACAAGCGCCUGAUGGUCAAGUUGAAUGCCAAUCACCAGAUGAAUGAACAUAACUUUUUACGUGAAGAGCAUGAGAACAAAGCCCAGGAGAUUCACUUGUGGGAAGCAGAUGCAAAGGCUCUCAAAUUGGAGAGGGAGGUGAUGCUCCUAUGCAUUGAAUAUGCCAAGCUCACCCAGAAGUAG